CUAUUUUUAGGCCUUCCGACGAGGUUCCAACGUAGCAAUGAGUUUAGAAAGAGCAAAAUCAUAGGAGGAACGCCGGCUGCGGAGGGAGAAUUCCCGUGGCACGUGUCUCUCCAGUUCUUUGAUUCCAACGAGACCUGGAUACACGUUUGCGAUGCCAGCAUUAUCUCCACGGAAUUUAUCAUCACUGACCAGAUUUGUAUAUUUAAACCAGAAAAAGAUGGCCGAGUAGUAGCUGGGACCGUGAAUUGGACGAAUCCUGGUUCGAUCCACAGCAUCAACGAAACUAUUAACAACGAAAUCGGUUUUUUAUCCUUAAUGCGGGUGGAUCCACCAUUCGAGUUCAAUUCUAACAUUGAACCAGUGCGGCUGCCCGAUUUGAACGAAGAAUCCUUGCCAGGAAUCAACUCAACCGUCUCGGGCUGGGAUGAAUCAGCACCAUUUGUGCCCUCAGAUGUUCUCGUAAAGCUGAACAUGCCCGUUGUGGACAAGAUCAAGUGCUACAGCUCGUAUCCGGGAGUUAAUUUGUCCAAUUUAAUUUGCGCCGGGGAUUCCGACAAUGGAACCGGCAUGUGCUCUUAUAACGCCGUUGGAGCUCCUCUAGUUUAUGACGGCGAGCUUCGUGGCCUUUACUACGCUCAAUAUCCCACCUGUGGAAAUCCAGGACUCUACAUCGAAGUCUCCAUCUUCCGCGACUGGAUCUUCCAGAAUACCGGGGUCUAAUUAAACGCCAAAUACUUGCAACAGUAAUAAAUAUGUACAGAAUAAAAACUUAACGAAAAAUUG